AUGGGGGAUCAUUCUGACAAGCCAUCUCCUGCAGCUCCACUUGGUUACCUCGCGCCUGUCUGCGCGGGUCUGCUCGUCCUAAGUGUUUGGUACCGCCAUUUUCGCCGAGGCCGACUGAAUUCUCGUUUUUUGGAUCUGGAAAGCGUCCCCUUUCGACGAGGUCCUUUGAUAAUAUCGAGCGGUGAUGUCGACAAGAAGUUCCCGUUGGUGAAAUAUAGCGACUGGUGGGCGGCUCAGAGUAAAAAAGAGAGGAUGAUGAAGGAAACUGGCGGGUCUCUGUACUGCGUGUCGGACGAUUCCAGGAAUGGCCACGAAGGCAAGGGAAAAGGAGAAAUUGUUUCUCAAGAAUAUGCCACGAAGACUGGCGCUGUUGAAGAUGUUCCAAUCACUCAAACAGGCAACAAGGUAGAGGGCGGUUUCCGUGGCUUUGGGAAUGCUUGCGAGCACGAGAGCGACGCUGAAGCUUGCAAGCCAAGCGAAUCCGGUUUUCUGUGCGCCAUUUGUAUGGAUUCUUUCGAAGGCGAAACCUAUAUCCGACCACUGACAUGUGGGCACAUAUUUCACUCUUCCUGCGUGGACCCUUGGCUCACUAGGCGACGUGCAAGCUGCCCUCUGUGCAAUAAGAGCUUUUGUGGACAUGACGCCUCGAGUAAUAGGGAGGGGACAGGUGCACAGACGUCAACCGUCCUGGCCGCUCCAAGGGCAGCAAUGAUCAGAAGCGAUGUUUUCCCACGGACUAUCUGA